GCUGGCGUGUUUGGUGGAUGGUGAAAGUUCUGGCCGUUCUGGCCGCAUAGUCAUUGGUUUGGACUUGGUUAAAGCGGUUGUUUGUGUAACAUGAGCGAGUGAUUGUAAAUGUUGGUAUGAAGUCGUAUUUCGUGUGCAGACACAUGCUUGUUAAUCUGCUGCAACUGCAAUUGUAUGUGGGUGACAUUCAGAGGACCGUGACUGUCCCCCAAAAUUAAAUUUCUAGUGCCAACGUUUCUAUACUUGUGUCAAGAUUUCGGGAUUACAUUUUGGUAUUGCCCGGUUAUUCCAUUUAUAUAGUUGUUACAUUUUUUGCUCAUAAUAUUUGGCCUGACUGUUUAAUUAUCUAUGUUAGAAAAUAUUCUUACGUCAACGUAUACCACGAAAUUUAAGACAAUUUGUUCCUUAGUGGACCAGUAAUCAGUGUGUGACCUGUUAUGUUCGAGAUUUCAUGAAACGCAGGUGAACCAGCUAACAGGCGAAUAAUGUUCACUUUAGAAACUUGGCCUGCCAUUAAAACGUGUAGGUCUACCUCAUCUUUAAAUAUCAUGUUGAAAAUAUAUCAGUCUGUGACAUAAAAAUUUCAGUUUGCGAACAGACGACCAAGGAAAUAAACAUGUUUGGAAAAGAAAGUGGUCAUGGAAGUGAUAGUGGAUACUGUGAAAAUCAGUGUAGUGAUAACAGUGGUAAACAGCAUCGACUAUGCAGUGGAGAUUUAAUAACACCAGUUCCAUCUCCCAUACCACAACCUAUGAUGGAUGGGCCCUCGCCAGUAGCAAAACAUUCUCGCAUGACAGGGUCUUCUUGUCAGGCAUUACGGCAUGCUGUUGCUGCCCUUAAUAGACUUGAUGAUUUCACAUGUGAGAAGAUUGGUUCAGGGUUCUUCUCUGAAGUAUUCAAAGUAACGCAUCGAACAACCGGCCAGGUGAUGGUUCUGAAAAUGAACUUACUCCGAUCCAACCGUCCAAACAUGCUGAAGGAAGUGCAACUCAUGAACCAGCUGUCUCACCCCAACAUACUAGGAUUCAUGGGAGUUUGUGUUCACGAAGGGCAGCUGCAUGCUUUGACAGAGUAUAUUAAUGGUGGCAGUUUAGAGCAACUUAUCCAGAACCGGAACCAGGACUUGCAGUAUGCAACCAGGAUGAAACUGGCCCUUGACAUUGCGAGAGGAAUGGAGUAUCUUCAUUCCAGAGGCGUCUUCCAUAGGGAUCUUACAUCCAAGAAUGUUCUGAUCAAGAAGAAUGAAGAAAAUGGCGAGAUGAUGGCUGUGGUAGGAGAUUUUGGACUUGCAGCCAAAAUUCCUGAUCCCCUUGGUGGAUACCGGCUACCCACAGUGGGAUCUCCUUACUGGAUGUCGCCAGAGUGCCUCAAGGGUCAGUGGUAUGAUGAGAAAUCAGAUGUGUUCUCAUAUGGAAUUGUUUUGUGCGAGUUAAUUGCCAGAGUGGAGGCUGACCCAGACGUCUUACCAAGGACUGAGAACUUUGGCCUGGAUUAUCUUGCCUUCAGUGAGAUGUGUGGUCCAUGCCCACCAGAUUUUUUGAAGUUGGCAUUUUCCUGUUGCACUUUUGAACCUAAAAGUCGUCCAUCAUUCUCAGAAAUUGUAACUAGCCUGGAGCAGAUAAUCAGUGACUACCAGAAUAGUAAGCAGCAGGACACAAAUGUCAGUGAAAAACGUUUGCUGACAUGUGUGAGCUUGGGGUCAGAUGAGAAGACUGGCAAAGUGGCAUCAUGCCUGGGAGCUCGCAGUGAAGAAGUAAUACCAACUAGUGCUGCUGAAGCAGAGGCCUUACUUGAGAACAGGGAUAAGGCACAGCUCAAGAAAUCAAGUCAUCGACGGUCUCUUUCUGAAGAUGCUGGUUGUGUAGUGUUCCCUCCUCACACAGCACCAAGUGACAAAGCACGUUGUCACUUUGUUCUCCCAAGACAACAGUCAACAGACAUGCUGCUCCUAACCCCCAAACAUGUUGGAGAGAGCAUGGUGAAACAAGAUCCCCACUAUAAACCAAUGUCAACAGGAGACAAGUCUUCAAGAACAAACCCAUUUGCAACCUUGUCACAGUUCAGAGGUGUGAAGAAAAUAUUGGGAGGUCUUAAUAAAGGAGGAAGUCCGAAUACUUUUGUGUCUGGAACUGGUGGAGACCUGUUCUCUUCCUGUUUUGAACUGCCAUCUCCAUUCUAUGGACCAACACCCCCCAGCACUCCUACUGGAGACCCGCCUACAGAUGCAUCAAGUUCUGAAGCAUCAGUCAGUUUACCAGAAAAGAAUGGGUCCUCAACCCUUGAUGAGAAAAGGUGUUUGUCUCCUCAGAACUUGGAUGGAAACACAAAAAUGUCAAGUUCUCACAGGCUUACUCAGCAACCCCUGUCCUUGCCGGCAUCUCCGACUUUAAUGCGUAGGAGAAUACUAACAAAUUCUGGCCUAGUACCACCACCUCCGUUGUUAACACAGAAUUUGGCUCCUUCACUAACAUCAUGUGAAGAUAAUCAAGAUGAUGAGAAGAUACCAAAGAAAUCAGUAUUCAAAUGUUCAGAGGAUUCUGCUGGUAGAAGAUCUUCUGGUUCAUUGACAUCGAAGAAAUGUAAAGCAGUUGCAGCUAGUUCAUUAUUUACACACCCUUUAUUCAAAAACAGUGAAUGUAGUUCAAAGACUGAACAAAUUAAAAAGGGAGCAGGUACUUCUUCCACCUUACUUCAACUACCUCAAACACAGCUGCAGCAUCCUUUGCUUCUAAAUCAGAGAGUUUGUUCUUCAAGUCUCAACCUUGCAGAUCCUGGUUUGUUGCUGUCUGAAGACCUUGUAGGUAGUUUGGGAUAUCCGUCAUCUGUUUUAAGACGCCGUGGUUCCUGUGAAUCUGGCUUCUUCAGCAGUGUUGGUGAAGAUUUUGGUUGUACAGCUGGUGACCUGUUGUCACCAUCAGAGUUUCCAGGAAUCCAUGCAUCCACACGCAGUCACCAUACUGCUUCAUCUGCAACAUUAUCUUCAUCCUCUGCAGCUUCUUCCUUGUUCUUACUCGACGACUCGGCUGUAUCAACAACGACUGUGAGUUCAUUAAGGUCUGGCAGUGGUGAACUAGGAGAUCUGGAUGACUUGGCAACUACUGGAGCAACUGGUGGUGUUUUGACACGUGGUGCUCCACAUCAUUCACUUUUAUUUGCUGCUAAACGUUCAUCGUCAGUAUAUACGGACAGUUCAGAAGACAUUUCAAGUUUAGGUGGUGGAGAUCUGUCCUACUGGGAGGACAGAAGCUCUAAUGGUAUAGGAGGACAGCCUCAACAGAUCAGUAAAAUCGUUGAAUAUUUUGAAAGAAAACAGAGCAGUAAUAAUGGUGGAAGUAAUCCAGGUGUAAUGGAUGCUGAGAAUAUGCCUUCAUCGGUUUGGGACUUGCAGGAAUCACAAAUUUCUUCAAAACACCAAAGAGACAUACUGUUCCAUCAAGCUGCUGGCUUUGGAAGCAGGAAUUCAACAGUGGAUUUUGCACGAAGAAUUGAAGGUUCAAGUCUGAAUGAUGCAAUGAGAUCAUCAAAAAUUGCUCUUCUUAGAAGAUCAUUGGAAAAAGUGACAGGGGCAAACUUAUCAGGAACUCCACAACAGUCUCAACUGCUGGGAUCUGCACAGACACAAGCUACCACACUACAGGGAGAGAAAUGUGUAAAGAGGAAUGUUAAUGCAACCCAGAGGUUGAUGAUUUGUGAAGGUGCAGUACGUUCAAAACUCCCACUUUUUGACAAGAAGUGAGUGUUUACAAAGUACAAUUAUAUCUGGGUGUAUGGACACUGGUCCAUUGCAUAGUAUUGCAUUGUCCUGCCAUUGAUGAAGACUAAUGUAUCAAUUAUAAAUAUAUAGAUAUAUAUAUAUCACUGGUUUAUAAAUAAAUUGGUGCCAGUAAUAUUUUGUGUUUAUAAUGUGUUAAGGUAAUAGCAACAGUAUUAUGCUGUACUUGUUAUAAUUAGUAUAUUUGGCAUGUCAAUAAACAAAUACAAAUGGUUGGAAUGAGGACAGGAUGGUAACUGAGAGAGAAACAGAUUCAGUAUGUUUGUCAACAGUUUGUUUGAUAAGAGGGACUGUUGUAGGCUGACUGUAAUAACAUUGUUAGGGACAUGGUCAGAGUAGCAGAGGUGCUUGCAGUAUGUGACAUAUUGGUGAAAGGGCAGCUGGAACAGGAAUGUAAAGUAAUCGUACUGGAAAUUCUUGUAAUGACAAAAAAAUAGUAAGUUACUUUAAGCCAGAAGUGAAAAAGAGCACAUAAACACAAAAAUGUUGUGUUUUAUUUAUCCAUGCAAUACACAGAGGCUUGGAUGUAAAGAGAAGGGCAUAUUUUAUGUACAGCGAUGAAUGUUUUCAGAGGAGGUGGAUGAAUGCCAUUCACUAUUCUGAGUUAAAUAUCUGGUGGUUUACUUUUGCCUUUAUUUCUCAGGUUCAGUCAAUUGUGAAUGUAAGGUUUCAUAUGAUGCUUGCCAAUUUAAUCUUCAUUUCUUAUGUCUUGUCUUCAUGGUCACAUUGUUCAUUUUAUUUGCCCUAGGAAUGUAUCCAAAAAGUCAAACUGCAUUCAGAAUUGCUGUGAUUUUUUAAGGAUACUUGCUUUCUGAUAUCUUAUAUGCGUGAUAAUUCUCAUCAGGGAACAAAACAAUCACAUCAGAAAUUAUUUGCAGCUCCUAAUGUAUAUGAUUUGUAUCUGCAAGAUACCUGGUUUGGUUAUACUCCAGAGCACUCACUGUUGUGACUGAGAUCAUUCAUGACUUUCUUCAGUUUCUCCUGCAAAUGCCAGGGUAGAAUCUUAAAACAGGUCACAGAUGUUUCCUUUCCAGUUGAUUUUGGUUUUAACAUAGCUUCUUAUCCAAUUUUAUUCAGUUGUCAUCCGUUUUUUUACAGUGUUAUUAAAUGACUCAAGUGAGAUGAA